GCUGACGUCAUGAGGACGUAAAUGGCCAGCCUCGGCGUGUGCUCGCUCUUUCUCCUCCUGUGCUGGUAGCGCGUCGGGCCUGUUCUCUGUCUGUGGUCCAUUUAACACCGAAGCGGCAAAAUGAUCAUCUACAAGUGUGUCAUCACCGGUGAUGAGAUGUUCUCCGACAUCUACAAAAUCAAGGAAAUUGCAAACGGCAUCCUCUUCGAAGUCGAGGGAAAGGUCAUUAGCAGAAAAUUAGGUGAAGUUGAUGAUUCCUUGAUCGGGGGCAACGCCUCUGCUGAAGAAGCAUCAGAGUCUCUUGAAACAGCAACAGAAUCUGGUGUAGACAUCAUCAUGAACCACAAACUGCAGGAGACCUCUUAUGACAAGAAGGCUUACAUGAGCUACAUCAAGGAAUACAUGAAGGCGGUCACAAAGGAAAUGACACAGACAAACCCAGAUAGAGUGGAGCAGUUCAAGAAAGAUGUCCAGCCAGCAGUGAAGAUGAUUUUGGAAAGGAUCAAGGACUUCCAGUUUUUCUCAGGAGAGUCCAUGAACCCAGAAGGCACCUUGGGCCUGCUGGACUACCGUGAGGACGGCAUCACACCAUACAUGCUUUUCUUCAAAGAUGGUCUGCUGAUUGAGAAAUGUUAACUAUCUGAAACAUCUGCUUUUCCAUCGGCUGCUGCUUCCCAAACUACCGAGUGCAGACGACAGGAGCACUACUUUGCAUCAUGCCUGAACGAAAACAUUCUCACACAACUUCGAGAUCCACAUUCUGGCCCACAGCACCACUCCAAGGCCGACUAGGGUUGUGACUGACUGCGGUUUUUAAGCUUUUUUGGCCUUUGCAGUGUUUUAUUUUUUGUCUCAGGAUUGGCCUACUUUUUUGUCAUCAAAAACAAAAUGCAAGACGGCAACUGAAACGCAGACUCCCCUUCCUGUCAGUCUUAGAACAGUUUACAGGCAGGUUGACCCCUCCCUCCCCUCCCCUCCCUUGGACAUCUUUGUGUUUGGGUUUAUGAUUGCAUUGAAUGAUUCCAUCUACAACAGACAAUUGGUUUAAAUAAAAUCAAGUACCACCAUUCA